CAGCUUUGGGUGUCUCUUCUUCUACUGCCACUCGAUACCUCGAUUCUGAUAGGGGUAUCGCUGCUCGGUCGUAUUCGUUUUUUCCACAACAAAGACCGACAUCAUCGCCGCAAUGUCCUCCGAAACCCGCGAUUCUACCCGAAGACAAUUCUCAUCACAGGUGUCGGUACAGCACGAGGGCUGGCGCUUGCAAGGCAGUUUCAUUAUGGUGGCCAUCGAGUGAUUGGCGCUGAUGUGGGCUUGACGCCGAUUCGCUCUGGCGGCAGCAUGUCCAAAGCUGUACAUUGCUGUUACUCGAUCUCCAAGACCCAAUAUGUUUGCAACUUGCUCGAUAUUAUCAACCGAGAGAAAGUUGAUAUCUGGGUGCCUUUCUUAGACCGCGCAACUCCGCUUGAGGAUGGCGUGGCGAAGAGCACCAUCGAGAGCCGCACAUCCUGCAAAUGUGUGCAUUUCAAUGUCGACAGCGUGACUAUUUUCAGCAGAGAUGAUCUCUUCUUGCAGCAUGUCGGAGAGAAGGGGCUAUCCGUUUUCGAAAGACACAAUGUAAAGUCUCGCGACUCUGUCCACCGUAUCCUUAAUGGCUCUCCUAGCAAGAAUUACGUCAUUCAUACAACCAUCAAAGGAGCGAUUCACGAUGCUGUCCUAUUACCGAGACGAACGCCGAGUCAAACAUACUCAGAUGUCAGCGAAUUGCAAAUUACCAAAGAUCAUCCCUGGGUUCUCCAACAACGCGCACGACUGGGCAGUUACUGGGCAGACUUUUUACUAAUUCAGGGCUGUGUUAAGGCGAUGAAGAUCCGCUAUUCCAGUCAAACAUCUGGCUGGCAAGAGUCCAGCUUAAACUCCAGCAUUCACGAGGUAACGAGACAGUUGAUGGAGCGAUUUGCGGAUAAAGGAAAAUCUCAAAUGAGUGGCCAUUUAUCUGUCAAGUUCAUGGUUGACGAGGAGAUCAAACGAAAUACAGUCUGUUAUACUGUUUAUCUUGCUGGCUGUCGUCAAGGGACCGCGGUUUCUCGGUUACUGGAUGAUCCUCCUCCCAACCUUUUCACUUGUUAUUUGGAAAUCCUCCCAACUACGGCCGAUUCGGCCAAUGAAACUGCUCCGGAGUCCUUUGAGAAACGAGCAAAACCGAUAUGGCCAGUGGUUGCAGCCGAGAAGACCACGCGAGGAAUCGAACGAUUUACGUACCCCAUUGAAACCAUCAAUCUAAUGAGCCACAAACUAGGUCUCAGCGAUAUUUGGAACCGAUCUCGAUUUUCUAGCAUCGAUCCACUUCCAUGGUGGUGGCACUUGCACAUUAGCCAGCCUCUGAACGAUCUGGUUUUGAUGGUCAACGGUUCGACCGAGACG